GCAGGGCCUGGCUCACUGUUGGUCAGCCAGUGUGUGUGUGCACAACUUAGAAGGGCUGAGGGUGCUGUGUUUGGUUUAAGGUAGACCAAGAAGACACACUGUAAAAAUGGCUGCUGUCCAUCGUUUGGUGAUCGUCCGCCAUGGUGAGAGUGCCUGGAACCAGGAGAACCGUUUCUGCGGCUGGUUCGACGCUGACCUCAGUGAGAAGGGUGUGGAGGAGGCUAAACGUGGAGCCCUGGCUAUCAAGGAAGCAGGCCUCAAGUUUGAUGUGUGUUACACGUCUGUGCUGAAGCGCGCUGUGAAGACACUGUGGACCAUCAUGGAAGGCACAGACCAGAUGUGGCUGCCUGUGAUCCGCACCUGGCGUCUGAAUGAGCGUCACUAUGGAGGCCUCACCGGUCUCAACAAGGCCGAGACAGCUGAGAAGCACGGGGAGGAGCAGGUGAAGAUCUGGCGCCGUUCCUUUGACAUCCCACCUCCACCCAUGGACAAGGACCACCCUUACCACAAAAUCAUCAGCGAGUCACGUCGCUACAAGAAUCUGAAGCCUGGUGAGCUCCCUACCUGUGAAUCACUAAAGGACACCAUCGCCCGCGCCCUGCCUUUCUGGAAUGACGUUAUUGCCCCUGAAAUUAAGGCGGGAAAGAAUGUAAUCAUCGCUGCCCAUGGCAAUAGUCUGCGUGGUGUUGUCAAGCACUUAGAGGGUAUGUCUGACGCAGCCAUUAUGGAGCUGAACCUGCCAACAGGAAUUCCAAUUGUAUACGAGCUGGACGCAGACCUGAAGCCUGUUAAGCCUAUGUCCUUCCUCGGUGAUGAGGAAACAGUAAAGAAGGCCAUGGAGGCCGUAGCAGCCCAGGGAAAAGCCAAGAAGUAAGGCUGCCUUUGAGGCUCAGAGGAGGCAGAAAAACAGACUGUUCCCCCCUCACCUUUUCCCGCCAUCCAUUUGCCCAUCUUUGUAGUCCAUUCCAACAGGUUAAAUGUUUGAUGGCUAUUCUGGAGAUGAGCCAUUUUCAGCACAUUAACCCUGUUUGUUUAAAAUACACACAUAGGGAUGACCUGUCCAUGAAAGCAGACAGCCGGGCCUCUGUCUUUGCAGCCACAUGCCACUCAGCCCUUUUAAAUUGUGAUCUAGCCCCUAUGUUGAGGGCCUCACCAUCCUGGCACAACCAAAAUAAAGAAACCCUGUUUUUAUGUA